UUGUAAUUUUUGCCGUCAAACUCACGCGCCGUCCCUUCUCCGCUUAAACAACAGAAACGAAGAUCUUGCUCACGAGGGAGAGAGCAAAGGGGAAUCAUAGGAAGUAUGGCAGAUGCUGCACAUCUAGAAAGGAUGGGAAGAGAGCUCAAGUGCCCCAUCUGCUUGAGUCUCUUGAAUUCAGCUGCUUCACUCACGUGCAAUCAUGUAUUCUGCAAUGGCUGUAUACACGCAUCAAUGAAGUUGGCGCCCAAUUGUCCAGUUUGUAAAGUUCCUUACCGGCCCAGAGAAAUCCGCCCUGCUCCCCAAAUGGAUAACUUGGUCAGCAUUUAUAAGAGCUUGGAAGCUGCUUCAGGAGUCAACAUAUUUGUUACUCAAACUGAAACUUCAACUAAAAUAGCAGGUGAAGAAAACAAAUCUGCAAACAAGACCUUUGGAGUUGAAGAGAAUGACAGUAUUGCCAUGCAGACUUCAGAACAAAAUAAUAAGAAGGGAAAUGAAAAAAGAGGGCCUAAAAGAUCAAGGAAGACUAAAAAUGGAAAUUGUAAUCCAUCUUCUGUUAGGCCUUCCUUUCCUACAAAGAAAAGGGUCCAAGUGCCGCAGCAAUCACCAUUAGAAAGCCCACCGCCUACAAAAUUGGUUGCUAAAAAUGCUCAAGUAACUGCCAGUGAACCUCAGAAAGAUCCUGUCAUAAACAAGGGCAAGAUGGUUUUAAAUGAGAAGGGAGAGCUAAACCUUAGUCCCUUUUUCUGGCUGAGAGAAGAUGUUGAAAAGUCAACUCAGCUAUCAGAUGACAAAAUGUCAACUCAGCUAUUGGAUGAGGAUCAUGCCACAGAUACCCCUCCAGUUGUUCCUUGUUUUAGUGAUAUGAAAGAUUCUGAUGACGAAUUUCCUCUUGAGAUGACCCCAAAAAGUGCUGCCCCUGGUGACAUUCCAAAGGAUGCAGAAUUUUUUGAUAGUGAGAUGUUUGAAUGGACACAAAGGCCUUGCUCCCCUGAACUCCUUUCAAGCCCAUUGAAACUGCAGGUUGAAGAUACUUACGAAUGUGAAGGGGUUGAACAGGAUACAGAGGCUACCUUAAUGGAUUUAAGUAUACUUGCUGAACCCAAAAGUGGCAACAGAAAAAUCAUGAAUGAUGAAAAUGGAAUGAGCAAGGAAGAGGUGAGUCCACCUACUUUAUCUUCUCUAAGGAAUGAGAUCUCUAAAAUUAAUGGUGGCCUUAGAAAGUCUAGCAAAAGAGUGCGGAUGAUUGAGAGCAAAAAGAAAAAUGGCCGUACGAGAGCAAUUCAAGAACUAAUUGGAGUCCAUAGUGGAUCAGAAAAGAUAGCCAAACUGAGUACCAAAGAUUUUUCCAAUGAUAAUGCAUUGAAUAUGGGGAAGAAAAGUCAUGACAAGAAGAAAGAGGUUGGUAUUGGUGCUGAUUCUGCACAAGUUUCAUUGGAUCAUAAAGAAGACAGUGGAGGGUGUGACUUAAAGAGAAAUGGCAAAAGAAGAAAGGUAACUGUCACCCAGCAACAAAAAGUUUGUAACAUGUCAAAAAGUAGAAAGAAUGCUCCUAAGGACAGAAUCAUUCCAAUAGGAGAUGUGGCUGUGAAUCCCUAUCCACUUAAUACAGAUUCUAGUUCAAAAGUAAGGAGUAAAGUUACACGUGCUGGGAAGUCAAAGCACAUGAAACAGGUGACAUUUUCUGAAGAAAUUUUUGAGGAUAAUAUUGCAGAUGGCAUCCAGAAGUUUAAUGAGAAGAACUCCAGUAAGGAAACUCUGACUCCAGAAAAUAUUUCAAACAGCUUGUGUAUGGACACAAAUAGUUUGUCAAAAAUAAAAAAGUCACUUUCCAAUUCGAGUCGUUCAGUUUUGCAAAAGUGUGAGACUCACCCGACAAAAAUCCAAUGUGCAUUUUGCCAUACUGCAGAAGAGUCGGAGGGUUCAGGAGUUAUGAUGCACUAUCUUAAUGGGAAGCCAAUUAAAGAAGACCAGAUUGGAUCAACAGGUGUCAUACAUGUGCAUAAAAAUUGUGCAGAGUGGGCCCCAAAUGUAUAUUUUAAUGAAGAUGAUGAUGUCAUUAAUCUUGAAACUGAACUGAAGAGAAGUAGGUCUAUUUCUUGUGGCUUCUGUGGAGUUAAAGGGGCAGCUCUAGGCUGCUAUGAGAAGACUUGUCGCAAGAGUUUUCAUGUUCCCUGUGCAAAGAUGACACCAAAAUGUCAAUGGGACCAUUAUAAUUUCGUAAUGUUAUGCCCUCUACAUGCUUGUUGUGAACUGCCAUGCAAGGAACCUGAAUUCCAAUCAAAGAAGAAAAAGAAAUGUGAACUGAGAAAUUCUUGUAUCAAUCAACCCCAAAUUGCUGUCAAAUCUGAUAAUAGACAAGAUGCACUUUGGAAGUCUCAAAGAAAAAAUAAAAGUUUGGUUCUUUGUUGUUCAGCUAUCACUGAUGCCGAGAGGGCUUUGGUUUCCGACUUUGAGAGGUUGUCAGGUGCAACAGUAUUAAAGACUUGGGACCCAAGUGUAACCCAUAUCAUUGCAUCUACAAAUGAGAAGGGGGCAUGUAAAAGAACAUUCAAAUUUUUGAUGGGUAUCUUGGAGGGCAAAUGGAUCCUCACAAUUGAAUGGAUCAAAGCUUGCUUGAAUGCUACAGAACUUCUUGAUGAACAGCAAUAUGAAAUUGAAGUUGAUACUCAUGGAGUCAGAGACGGCCCUAGACUUGGCAGAUUAAGAAUGUCAAAUAAGCAACCUAAGCUUUUCAAUGGAUACAAGUUCUAUUUUAUGAGUGACUUCUUACCUUCAUACAAAAAGUAUUUGCACGAUCUUGGGGUUGCUGCCGGGGGAACUGUCCUGAACAGGAAGCCUGUUUCAGAAGAUGAGAAAAGCCAUUCAUCUGGAUACUCAUCACUGUCCACUUUCAUAGUUUACAGCCUUGAGCUACCUGAUAACUGUAAGACUAGAGAGAAAAGUUCAAUCUUAGACAGCAGGCGAUCAGCUGCAGAAGCUUUGGCUAGUUCAACAGGUUCUCUAGCUGCAAGCAAUUCAUGGGUUCUCAACUGCAUUGCAGGCUGCAAGUUGCAAGAUCUUGAAUGACAGUCACUUUCUGAGCUUUGUUUAGUUUAUUUAUAGUGUAGAAAUGAUGUCUGGGAACCCCGGGGUGUUUUUCUCUGUUAUUAUGGACUAUAAAGCUAUAAACAUCAAAAUUUCAAUCAUUAAUCAGCAAAAUAAUUUGUAUAACAUGACAUUAUGUAAUUAAGAAUAGUUAAUAAUUUACACAUUCACUAA